UUGCUGUUUAUAUCCAGACUGGUUACGAGUGGUGAAAGGAAAGGUGGUAAGAGGGAGGUGGAAAGGGUUAUAGAAAGGAGCUUAAAUAGAGUAAAACAGUAAUGUAAACAUUAGGAAGGGAACAAUGUAGUGGUAGGGAAUAUCAGGGAACGAAGCAAUGCAAAAAGGAAGCCAUAUAUAAGAUACUAAAUAAAUGCAAUAGCGUGCUCAGUUUUAGGGAGAAUCUGGAACAAAAAGCAGAAUCAAAACCACUGUAAGAACAUGACAAACCAAGGCACACAGCAAUACUAUCGCACAGACAGCAAUGACUCUGCAGCCAGCAUGCUCCGAGCUGGGGACAGGGAAGAAUGCUGUAAAGAGCCUGGAGAGAAAGUGCUGUUGGGGAAGGGGAUUAGCCCCCUUUGGGUGUUAGUGGCUUUCCUCUUUAUCGUGGUAUUGCAAGUUGCCUGCUGUACUGGCCUUUAUGUCUACUUCAGCAUGUCCAUUUCCAAGCUGAAGGCACAAACUCAGGGAAUGUCAGAAGAGCUGCGGUGCCUCCAAAUUAUCAACAGAAUGGAAGAUAUAUCUGACCCUUCGGAAUUUGAGAGGGAUGGACUGCUACCAAGUGAAUCUUGCCAAAAGCUUGCAAGGAGCAUAACAUCUUACGUAACACAGGUAACAGAAAAUGCUAUACAGAGAACAGCAAGGAGAGAAGCUGCAAAAAGUUUCUUAAACAACUCUGGCAUAGUGAUACCAAGAGGACUCUUUACAAAGACAUCAGCUCAUCUCAUACUUCAAAAUACUUCUGUUCCAGCAGCACAAAACACUAAAAUUGAUGAAGCCACUUCCCAAUCCUGCCGCAACCCCAUCCGUCAGUGGGAAUUUAAACAUUCUAAUAGCCCCUUGGCCCAUAUGCAAAAUAUGAGUUAUCAAGAUGGUCGCCUCAAAAUACUCCAGGAUGGAAAAUACUAUGUAUAUUCUCAAAUUUAUUUCCGUUACCCUCAGAACCAAAAGACCAGUACUAACCUGGGACAGCAGCUGGUACAAUGUGUAAAUAAGAAAACAGCCUAUGCCACACCACUUCUGCUUCUCAAAGGAGUCGGAACAAAGUGCUGGGCACCCAAUGCACAAUAUGGACUCCACUCUGUGCACCAGGCAGGCAUUUUUGAAUUGAGGUUUGGGGAUGAGCUGUUUGUGACUGUUUCCUCUCUUGAUAUGCUCCAUGGUGAUGAAACAUCCAGCUUUUUUGGGGCUUUCAGACUGGAUGCAUGAUACUCCCACAGGAAGCAAAAUACAAAGUUUAAAGUCUACAGGAAGGAAAUCACUUUUAUUGUUGAUUGAUAUAUGUAGAUUUUUGAGUCAUGAAGAAUCUUCCAACAUUACUGAAUAUUGCAAAGCUUCAUACUGGUGACUUCAUAUUAAUUCACUGGUUUAGUCACUAAAGGGAAAUAGAUGACAAGUACUUCUAUAAACAUACCUGGCUGUCAGUGAAACAAAAUAGUGUACAUGGUUGAGCUACUGUCAUACUGUUCGUGACUUCCUUGUACAGCUUACACUGUGAAUAUGAGAGUUGGAUGAAGAUAAUCAGCAUUUCUGCAAUCACUGCUAAAGCAAAAAUAUGUAGCAUGGCCAUUCACAUCACUUGAAUUUCAUGUGUAUAACAUUGGGGGGUUUAUUUUACAAGAUGUAACAUGAUCAAACUUUAAGCCUGUUAAGGAACCAGAUUUAGGGAAUAUAUAAAAACCUUUUUAGUCCAAUCCGAAGGGCUAAGCAAAUGCCUUCUCUGAAUGGUAAGUUCACAGGUGUAACCCCCAUUGCAGAACAAAGUAUAUAUCCUGAUUUUAAAAUAAUGCAUUAUCAUACCUCCCAACUUCUGCCAGUGUUGGAGAGGGACACCUGCGCAUGCCGCGGAUGUGUGCCUGAAAUGAGGGGGCAUGGCCUUGCAGCUAGAAUGUGUGGCCUUGUGGUAAGUGCCACGAUUGCAAGUUACGCCCCCAUUUUGUCAUUGUGGGGGCAUGCCCAGUGCUCUGUGAGCUGCCUGAUGUGCCCCAAGUCCCUAUUGCCCGUGAAUAGACACUGUGUGCAUGCGCACAUCGUCUAUUCACCGCUGAGCAGAGCACAAGUGACAGGGGGGUCUCCCAACUGCCCACCCCCCACUGCAGAACACUGUAGUCCGCAGGUGGGACAGUGCCUGUAAAAAACGGGACUGUCCUGCGAUAAUCGGGACAGGUGGGAGGUAAGCCUUAUUACCGGGAUCAGUACUAAAUCCCGCUGGACGGGAUCCCGGCGGUCGAAAUCCCAACGCCGGAAUCCCGACCACACAAUCCCGACAGGGGUGGCGAGCGGAACGCGGCCCCUUGCGAGCUCGCUUCGCUCACCACACUCGGCACACUAUUAUAUUCUCCCUCUAUGGGUGUCGUGGACAUCCACGGAGGGAGAAUAUGUCGGGAUUGUACUGGUCGGGAUUCCGGUGUCGGUAUUUCAACCGCCGGGAUCCCGUCCAGUGGGAUCUUGACCGCCUCCCUUAUUACCAUGUAUUUCCAAAGCGUUCGGCAUGUAAUAGCAUGUGUUUCUAAACAUGUAUGGCUUUAUCUGCCUAUCUCCAAAACCACAGUUUGUUUUCCUUUGCUCUAGUAGCAUUAAUAACAACAUACUUGCCUACUCUCCCACAAAUUGCGGGAGACUUCAGAUUUUUAAGGUAUCUUCCACACUCACGGAAAAGUAGCCAGAUCUCCCACAUCCCGACCGCUUCCUAGUGAAGCGGACAGGACGAGGAGACUAUGGGGUCUAUUUACUAAGCCUUGGAUAGAGAUAAAGUUGCUGGAGAUAAAGUACCAGCCAAUCGGCUCCUAACUGCUAUACCACAGGCUGUGUUUGAAAAAUGACAGGAGGUGAUUGGCUGAUACUUUAUCUCCGGUGACUAUAUCUCCAUCCAAGGCUUAGUAAAUAAACCCCUAUAUCCAGGAUUUGCAGUUAUUAUGGAGCAGGUGCACUAAAUGAUGCGACUCCCCAGGGGCGUUUUAAGAGAGGAAGGAACCCAUGUGCUGACUCCGGGUGGGCCCCCUCCUCUCAACGGCUCCAUAGGCUCUGGCACAAUGGCGGAGUAUUCUACGCACGUCAUGGUCUGGAGACAAAUUAUCUACUGCGCAUGCACGGUGGACAUUUUGGGAGCGAUUUUUUACUGUCAUUGGUGCAGCUGUAGCGCCAAUUGCAGGACCCCGGAAAGGUGAGUAUUAAAACAAUAUGGUUGCAAUGUGUGCGUUGUGGGGCCCCCUGGACCCAGGGGCCCAUGUGCACCGCACACAUUGCACCUAUGAUUAAGAUGCCUAUGUGACUCACAUCAUUCAGCCACGCCCCCUACCCAUAGCCCCAUAAAUUGCGUCAUUUUGAUGCAGGACCUGGUGACAUGACAGCCCGGCCUCUUCCCCGUGAAGUGGCCAGUAGAGUUUGGAGAGGAGGCCUUAAGAUAGAGGUUCCCAAACGCAAUCCUCAAGGCACCCCAAUGGUCCAGGUUAUAAAUGUAUCCAUGCUUGGCCACUGGUGACUUAAUUAGCACCUAAGUCAAUUUGAUUUAACCAUCUGUGCUGAGCCAUGGAUAUACCUAAAUACUGAGUAGAGUAGAGUAAAUAAGAUAUAAGAGAUAAGUAUGAUAACAAUAGUGUAGCUGUAGUGUAUGGAUUAUUUCAGUGCCUGCUCAAUACUUCAAUAACGUUUUGACCUGUGGGUGUAACCCUAUUACACUUUACAUACUUAUUUUGUCUCCUCUCUGGAAGAAACCCAGAUUGAGCUUUUUUAACCUGGCUCCUAAAUCUGUCCAUGAUUCUAUGCUGAACAUUGUAAAUCUGAUUUUGUUUUUUUAUGCAAGUGAUUUUCUUAAUGGAGUAAAAAAAUAAAAUAAAAAUAAGGUUAUUGGGGGUCAUUCCGACCCGAUCGCUCGCUGCAGUUUAUCGCAGCGGUCGGGUCGGAAUUGCGCAUGCACCAGCGCCGCAGUGCGCUGAUGCCGCAGUGCGUCCGCAUAUGCCAGACGGCCGAAGGCCGUCGUUGCCUAGCGAUUGCCUCUGCCUGAUUGACAGGCAGAGGCGGUCGCUGGGUGGGAGGGGGCUGGACGACAGCAUUGAGCCGCCGUUUAGGGGGCACAGUCCGGCCAACGCAGGUGUGGCCGGACCGUUGAGGGGGCGGGCCGCAGCGGCUGCGUGACGUCACACGCAGCCGCUGCGACCCGGGCAGCAAAGAGGUUCUCCUGGCCAGCCGCAGGAGCUGCGCUGACCGGGAGUUACUCCUCAAAUGCUUUUGCAUUUCUGGGGAGGGGGGGGGGGCGGCACUGACAUGCGGGGCGGACCCCCAUUGUGCAAACUUCCUAUUCACGCUGUCAAUAAAAACAAUAAAAAACAAUGAGAGUCCUGAAGUAAGCAGGCUAUUUUUUUCAGCUAUUAAAUGUUUAUGUACAAGUGUCAUUGUUAUUGUUUAGAUUUAUGAUUGAAUGAUCUUUUAUGCACAAAUUGCUUCAUACUGUACCUUACCUUAUGGAAUACCUAAAGCUAGGUACACAAUGGUCGAUGUAUAAUUCAAUUGAUCUAUGAAUGAUAUACAAUUAGCGGAUUGGCAGGUAUAUACACCCAAUAUCAUACCUCCCAACUGUACCACCUGCGGGCUGCAGUGUCCUACGAUGGAAAGGGAAGGGGGGGGGGGGGGGGGGGAGUUAGGGGGAACACCCACCGUUGCAUCUAUUCACAGUGCAGGGAGUGCUUGGGGGCGUGCCCAGCAUCUCCGAGAUUGGUAAGUGUGUAUGCACAGGAUCGUUUGUACAUAUACCUUGCCAAUCACUGCAUUGGUUGGUGGAUCCGUCGGCCAGGUGUGUAUCCAGCCUUAGGUUAAGGCCUCGUAAUGAUUGGCAUUUAGAUAAACAUGUUGAAUGUGCAAUCUCUGUAAUCACAGUGAUUAAUUUCCUUCCAAGGCACCAUCAUUUCUCCUGCAUGUAGAUGCAUAUCAUGCACAUUACUUUUGAAGCUGUCACUAAUUUUACAUGAAUCUGUUAUUGCUUCAUAUUUGAAUUUUUUAUUCUCUAUAAUCACUUUGAUUCAUAUAAUACUGUAAUUUCAAUAAUUGUGGUGCCAUCUGCAGGUUAUGUUUGGAAAAAAAAAACAUGAAACUUUUUGCAUUGUUUGCAGUUUUUCUGCGCUCAUAUAUGAAGGAUUUUGUAUUUUGUGAAUAAACCUUAUAUACUGUA